AUGGAAAUUGAGGAAUCGGCAGCAGCGGAGCAGGUAGUGACACCGUGGGAGGUGUCAGCUCCGGCUGGGGGUUCGUUACACUACGACAUGCUGAUCGACCGGUUCGGCUGCCAGCGCAUCGACGCGGCAAUCGUCAACCGCAUCGCGCGCCUCACGCGCCGCCCACAGCAUCGUUUCCUCAGGCGCGGGAUCUUCUUCGCUCACUGGGAUUUGAACAUGAUACUUGACCUCUACGAGGCAGGGGAGAAGUUCUACAUGUACACAGGGAGGGGACCCUCAUCAGAGUCCCUGCACCUUGGCCACCUCAUUCCCUUCAUGUUCACAAAGUAUUUGCAGGAUGUCUUCAAGGUGCCCCUGGUGAUACAGCUAUCUGACGAUGAAAAGUUUUCGUGGAAGAAGAACUUGACUAUUGCCGAAUGUGAAAGGCUUGCCCGUGAAAAUGCGAAAGACAUUAUAGCCUGUGGAUUUGAUGUUGAAAGAACUUUCAUUUUUUCAAAUCUCAAUUAUGUUGGACGGGAAUUUUAUAAAAAUACGCUUGAAGUUGCCAAACAUGUGACAUAUAACAACCUUAGAGCGACAUAUGGAAUUACUCUGGAGGAUCACAUUGGUAAGGUCAGCUAUCCUCCUGUGCAGGCUCCUCCAGCGUUCGCUUCUUCGUUUCCCCAACUGUUUCGUGGCAAUGACCAACUGCGGUGCCUUAUCAUAUGUGCAGUAGACCAGGAUACUUAUUCUAGGACCAUUCGUGAUGUUGCUCCUAAAAUUGGUUUUCAGAAACCUUCACUGAUUGAAUCAAGAUUUUUCCCUGCACUUCAGGGAGAGAACACUAAAAUGUCGGCCAGUGACCCAAAAUCCGAAAUAUACGUGACAGAUAGUUCUGAACAAAUAAAGGCAAAGGUGAAUAAAUAUGCUUUCUCGGGUGGCCAGGACUCUGUGGAGCUUCACAGGAAACUUGGUGCUAACCUUGAUGUGGAUGUCCCAAUUAAAUACCUAGAGUUCUUCCUAGAAGAUGAUGACGAGCUUGACCACAUAAAGAAGGAGUAUAAGGAAGGAAGGAUGCUAACUGGCGAAGUAAAGCGGCGACUCAUUGAGGUUCUAUCGGAGCUGGUUGCUAGACAUCAGAGAGCUAGAGCUCAAGUGACUGAGGAGAUGGUUGAUGCAUUCAUGGCAGUAAGGCCUCUUCCUAACAUGUUUGGCUGAACAACAAAACAGGGUUGGACAUUUUCGUUAGUCGGCAAUAGAAGUGCUAUGA